CGGCGAUUCCGCGAUUUCGUCGGCCUCGCGGAUCGACUCGCGGAGUCGCACCGGGGUUUUUUCGUCCCGCCGCGGCCGGAGAAGACGCUCGUGAACAGCACGGAGGAGAAGUUCGUCAACGACAGGAUGACGCAGCUGCAGUCGUACCUCGCGAAGCUGUGCUCGCAUCCGACGUUGAGGCACGCGAGCGAGCUGCGGCUUUUUCUCACCGCGCACGACCUCGAGGUGAACCCGACCGGCACGAUGGCGAUGAUGGGAGGGGGGAUAGAAAAUAACGCCAACCACCCGCACGUUAUGCAUCCGGCGGGCGCGCCCUCCGGGAGCGGCGGCGGCGGACGCAAGAUCGGCCGCUUCUUCAAAGAACUCCGACAGACCGUCGUGCAAUCCAGCGCGGUCGCGAGCGUCGGCGCGACGUUCGGCAUCGAGACGCACAAGCCAAAGGUCACGGAGGAAGAUCUCGACUUCAUCGCGGAGAGGGACCGCGUCGCGCGUCUCGAGCAAGAGCUCUCGAUCGCGUCGCAGAAGGCUGAGCGGGUGCUGAUGCAAGAGGAAAAGUACGGCGACGCGCUCGGAGAGCUCGGCUUGGAGUGCAUGAAGCUCGCGAAAGUCGAGGAGACGGAGGCACACAAGCUCGGCGAGGGCGUUGUCGCGGGCGAGCGCGGGUUAGAGACGGGGUUGAUGGCGCGAAAGAUUGGGAACGCGACCGUACGGGUGUCGCGGUUGACGCGCGCGGCGACGACGCAGCUCGCGCACGCGUUGGAUCCGAUGCACGACUAUCUGGGGAUGAUGCCCGCGGUUCGAAAGGCCACCGGCGACCGCGCGGAGACGCUCUUGACGCUUCAGACGAUGCUCUCGGACAUCGAGGCCAAGAGCGCGAAGCUCUCGAAGCUGGAGCUCGACGUCGCGAAGACGAGCAAAGCCGCGCACUUGAGGUACGAGCUCGAAGCGUUGCGAAGCGCCUCCGUUGGGGUCAAGGCGGAGUACGAGAACAUCAAAGAGCGGCACGCGGAGGAGUUUAAACGUCUAGAAACGGCCCGGACGGAUACGUUCAAGAACAUGUGGCUCGCGUUCGCGCGCGUGCAAGUCCUGAACGCGGAAAGAGCGAGCCAGGUGUGGAAAGCCGCCGCGGAGGAG